AUGGCUUUCUACCAAGGAGGAAACAUGACAUUGAUGAUGCACGACGAAGGAAUGAUGGAUCAAGAAAACCACAUGGGAGGCUAUUACAUGAUCGGGUACAUCAUUGCGCCGGUGAAUAAUGUCUUUGUUCCAGGAGGUGUGACCUUUUCGGUAGACUGGCAAGGUGAGCCGCACAUGCCAAGCCACUGGGAGACACCGCCAUCUUCAAAUUCCAAAUGUCAUGGGCUCGAGGCCUGGCAAUGGCAACUUUGCCAGUCAAUCGGCCUAAAGAAUCGGGUUCGCUGGAUCCUGGAACCUGUCGGCCAGAUUGUGGAACUGGAGGCAAAGUCGAUUAAGAUCCUGGUGGAGGCGCACCAAAUGGUGCACGCCACCGACCUUCGCCUUAAAGACAAGAAGAAGAUUGCCAAACAAGUUCGGGAUUUGAUUAUCCCAGCUACAUGGGCAAGCUGGAGUUCUCAAGUAGAAGAGCGCUUGCGAUUGGGCUCGAAGAGCAAGAAACUCUCCAACCUGCUGCGCACGAUCUUGUUUGGCAGUGAAGCAUGGGGGCCGAGAUCCAACAGCGAGGUCUCCAAACUUUUGGGUGGACUUCGCAAGGCGCUUCAAAAGCGCUAUGUGGAUGCUAUCAAACGGUUCCUAACAAUGCAGGAGGAAGCUUUAUCUCAGAAAGCCUCGCUCAUUCAUAAAGUGGCGAACUGGAAUCACGGCUCACAUGGCUGGCAACAAGAUGCGAGGGAGACAAAACGAAAGACUCUGCACGCAUUGUGUGACUGGGCAGCGCGGGCUGUUCUUCUACUCAAACCGGGACUGAUUCUUUCAAACCAAUACGAUUUGGUGAAAGAAUUUUGUCGCGACUGCAUGUCGCAGGAUUCGCUGGGGCGAGUGUUCAAUCACAUCAAAAUCUCGCUGGCGGAGUACAUGCGACGGCUCGAGGCCUUGACAUAUCGCGAAGACGAGGACAAUACCAGCUCUGAUGAGGAUCUCAUCGAAACUGACUCAACUGAGGAAGGUACCGGAAGCCAAGAAGAGGCUGAUGAUUCGAGUUUCGAGGUUGAAGACCCGGAACCGGAAGAGCCACCGGCGCUGGUGGCCAAAAGCAAAAAACGUUGGGCCGAUUUGGUAGACGACUCCGAUGAGGAAGAGCUACCAGCAUGGGCUUAA